AUGGCUGCGCGUGUGGCUCGGCGUGGCCUUCUGAGCUUCUCGCUGGAGGAGGAGGAGGAGCAGGAACACUCCCCUUCACAGCAGCAGCAGCAGCAGCAGCAGCAGCAGCAACAGCAGCAGCAGCAGCAGGAGCAGCAGCAGCAGCAGGAUCAGCAACGGCGCCGCCGUCGCCAUCGGGACGAAGGCAGUCACAGCACCAGCAGCAGCAGCAACAGCAGCAGCAGCAGCAGACACAAAUCCCGAGCGCUGCAUAGCAGCAGCAGCAGCAGCAGCAGCAGUAGCAGCAGCAGCAGCAGCAGCAGCAGCAGCAGCCGCUCUAGCAGCACUGCCAGCAGCUAUGAAACCGGCGCUACCCGGAGCCCCCCAAAUAAGAGCAGCAGCAGCAGCAGCAGCAGCAGCGGCAAGAGCAGCAGCAGCAACAGCAACAAGAGCAGCAGCAGCAGCAACAGCAGCAGCAGCAGCAGCAGCAGCAGCAGCAAGUUUGGUUUGCUGAAGAUGGCAGACAUGACAGCAGCAAGAUUCAAACAAGAAGAAACAGCAGCAGCAGCAAAAAAACAAGAAGAAGCAAUGCAUGCAGCAAUACGCGCACUCACAAAUAGAUCCGCAUCCAAGUCUCCUAUGGGGUUUGUGGAUCCAUCAGUUGCUGCUGCUUCCUCUCCGUCUCCCUCAGCAGCAGCAGCAGCAACAGCAACAGCAGCAGCAGCAGCAGCAGCAGCAGCAGCAGGAGAUGCUGCUGCUGUUGCUGCUCCUUUUGUAUUAACCUGCGGCUGCUUCAGCAGCAUCGGCAAGCGGCAGCAAAUGGAAGACACCAAUAUACAGCUGCUGCAGUUCGCACCCAAUGCUGCGCUCUUCGGGGUGUUUGAUGGCCACAACGGCAGCACUUUAUCAGAAUACUGCAAAGCGAACUUCCCCCGCGUCCUGGCGGAGCAGAUGGCUGUACACUGUCGUGGUCAUCAUCGCAGCAGCAGCAGCAGCAACAGCAGCAGCAGCAGCAGCAGCGAAAGUGAGAGCAGCAUUCCAGCAGCAUCCACCACUGACUCCGCAGCAGCAGCAGCAGCAGCAGCACCAACACGAGCAGCAGCAGCAGCAGCAGCAGCAGCAAAAAAAGUAGAAGCAGCUCUCACUGACUCGUGGUCAUCAUCGCAGCAGCAGCAGCAGCAACAGCAGCAGCAGCAGCAGCAGCGAAACCCCCCAGCUAGAAAGAAACAUAAACACAAGCAGCAGCAGCAGCAGCAGCAGCAGCAGAAGCAGCAGCAGCAAGCUGCUGCUUCCAGUAGCAGCAGCAACAGCAGCAGCAGCAGCAGCAGCAGCAGCAGCAGGGUAAACCCAGGAGAAAGUAUGACUUAUAGUGAAUACAGGCGGCAGCUAAAGUCGAACCAGAAGCAGCAGCAGCAGCAGCAGAAACAGCAGCAGCAGCAGCAGCAGAAGGAGGCAGAAGAGGCUGCUGCAGCAGCAGCAGCAGCAGCAGCAGCAGCAGCAGCAGCAGAACACGGAACAGCUGAAUUGUUUGCUGCACACGUCGGCGACAGCCGCGCCAUCCUCGUUUUGAACCCCAGCAGCAGCAGCAGCAGCAGCAGCAGCAACAGCAGCAGCAGCAGCAGCAGCAGCAGCAGCAGCUAUGUGCAGCUAACAGAAGACCACAAACCCACGCGGCCAUCAGAAAGAGAAAGGAUAGAAAAAUGCGGAGGGGCGUUGCUGCCUGGCGUUGAUUGUUUGCUGGUGCUGGCGAGCGAUGGUUUAUGGGAUGUCUUUGAGAACCACCAGGUUGCUGCGUUGCUGCAGCAGCAGUUUGCUGCUUGCUGCAGCAGCAGCAGCAGCAGCAGCAGCAGCAGCAGCAGCAGCAGCAGCAGCAGCAGCAGGAGAGAGAAACACAGGAGAGAUGGAUGGUAUUCUAGCGGGGAAAAUACUGAUGAUGAGGGUUUAGAGGAUUCUACACAAACACAAAACCCUGAUGAUCCUGCUUCUUUAUGUAAAUGGUAUAUAUCGCGAGAGAUGCUGAAUACGAUGGCAAAGGAGUUAACUUGUGAAGCCAUAAGAAGAGGCUCAGAGGACAACAUAACCACCGGUUUGAGUGAUCGCCUUCGGUUUUUCGUUUCUGCUGCAAUGCUGCCGUGUCACUCCGCCGGCUGUCCCUCUGCCUCAAGCCCAUCAGCAGCAGCAGCAGCAGCAGCAGCAGCAGCAGCAGCAGCUCCCGUGCACGUAGUCAGAUACCACCAUCCUGCAGCAAGAAGAGAGAGGGGCAUCCGCCGUUUGUUUAGCCACAGCAGCAAAAGCUGCUGCUCUCAGCCGCUGCUGCUGCAGCAGCAGCAGCACGUACUUCUCUCACCGACACCAGAUCCAGCAGCAGCAGCAGCAGCAGCAGCAGCAGCAGGAGCAGCAGCAGCAGCACCAACCCCCAGCACAUCGUUCUAUGGGGAGGAGCCGCAGUAUGCUGGUGAAGGCAACGCUGAUGCAGCAGCAGCAGCAGCAGCAGCAGCAGCAGCAGCAGCAGCAGCAGCAGCAGCAGCGAGGCAUCAGCACCACUCUGCUUGUGCAGCAGCACGUUCCCCCUUAGCCCGGCAUCAGCAGCAGCAGCAGCAGCAGCAGCAGCAGCAGCAGCAGAGUCCUUUCCGCUGCAGCAGCGGAUCUCCAUUGAGGCAGCUACCCCGUCUAGGGGAAGCACCAGCAGCAGCAGAUCCGUCAGCAGCAGCAGCAGCAGCAGAGGCUGCAGCAGGAGCAGCAGCAGCAGCAGCAGCAGCAGGAAACUGCGGCCUAGCAGCAGAUAGAGAGCUGCUGCAUAGUCUCGUUGCUUCGCUGCAGCAGCUGUCUCAGCAGCUGCAGCAGACAGCAGCAGCACAACACAGAGGAGCAGCAGAACCACCCUGCUGCUGCACCUGUCCUCCCCCGCAGCAGCACCUGCUGCAGCAGCAGCAGCAGCAGCAGCAGCAGGGUCCCCAAGCAGCAGCCGCUGCUGCUGCCGCUGCAGCAGCAGCAGCAGCAGCAGCAGCAGCAGCAAUGGCAGCUUGA